AUGAAGGAGAGAAGAGCCAGCCAGAAAUUAUCCAGUAAAUCUAUCAUGGAUCCUAAUCAGAACGUGAAAUGCAAGAUAGUAGUGGUGGGAGACAGUCAGUGUGGGAAAACCGCGCUACUCCACGUCUUCGCCAAAGACUGCUUCCCCGAAAAUUACGUCCCUACAGUGUUUGAGAAUUACACGGCCAGUUUUGAAAUCGACACACAAAGAAUAGAGUUGAGCCUAUGGGACACUUCGGGUUCUCCUUACUAUGACAAUGUCCGGCCCCUCUCUUACCCAGACUCGGACGCUGUGCUGAUUUGCUUUGACAUCAGUAGACCAGAGACUCUGGACAGUGUCCUAAAAAAGUGGAAAGGUGAAAUCCAGGAGUUCUGUCCCAACACCAAAAUGCUCUUGGUUGGCUGCAAAUCUGAUCUUCGGACCGAUGUCAGUACAUUAGUAGAGCUCUCGAAUCACAGGCAGACCCCGGUGUCCUAUGACCAGGGAGCAAAUAUGGCCAAACAGAUUGGAGCAGCUACUUACAUUGAAUGCUCAGCUUUACAGUCAGAAAAUAGCGUCAGAGACAUUUUUCACGUGGCCACCUUGGCAUGUGUAAACAAGACAAAUAAAAACGUUAAGCGGAACAAAUCGCAGAGGGCGACAAAGCGGAUUUCACAUAUGCCCAGCAGACCAGAACUCUCGGCAGUGGCUACGGACUUACGAAAGGACAAAGCCAAGAGUUGUACUGUGAUGUGAAUCUUCGGUUAUUUUUUAUGAGGACAAGGAAAUUAAGUGUAAAAACCACCACCAACAAAACAGAAAGAUGAAGUCUGAACAAAGUGCACAGCCAAAGUCACGUGUUCUGGAGGCUUAGGAGGCAUUUGGAAGGAUUGUUCAUCUUUUUGGAAUCCUGUCCUUAGAUUUGGCAUGUAGAACAAGUGGUGGGAAGUGAGUUCAUUGAAGAGUUUUGAAAUGUGACUUGAAAAAUAUGCCAAAAAAGAGAGAUUCAGAUGGGCUAGAGGUU